AGCAUUGAAUUAUCUUUAUCUUUCUAGUUAGUGCUUUAAUUAUAAAUUUAUAGUAUAACAGAGCUAUAUGAGGUCUCAUAUUACAGCUGCUAGGAAAAUUUGGUGCAGUGAUCACUCUCACUUCUGCUCUCUUUAAAAUUCUCUCUCUUCCACUGCACUACUCACUAGUGUUUGAGCUGGCUAAGUAAAGAAGAAAAAUAAAAAUGUUUUUCAGGAGUCAGGAUUGAUCAGGCAGCUUCUUCCAUUCUUGAAAUCCGUGAUCAAAUUUGGAGCUAUUCAUUUACUUGAUUGCCACAUAUAUCACCCAGGAAUAAAGGUUAAGAUAAGUUGAGUAAAAUCAUUUUUUUAAGUUUUUGUAGAGCAACACUGUGUCAUACUAGAAUUUACACAUUUUUUAUUCUUUCUACUCAAAAUUUACACAUUUUAACCACAUAUUCCUAAACAGCGUAAUAUUAUUAUGUAAGAUUCUGUUCUAUUUGUAUCGAUAUUGAUAGAGUAUAAAUUUAUUCCUGGGACUUUAAUUAUUAGCUUAAAUUUUUGGUUGAGUUGGUCAUUUGACAUGAUAUCAAGAGCCAGCAUGACAAAAAAAGUCACGGGUUCGAAUCUCAUCCACCCCUCCUUUCUCAGUGGAAUAUUUAACAUCGGGUAUGAGGGAGACCUGUGCUGCAUCCACACUUUAAGCCCAAAGAGUUCUUGUGUGCGGGGGCGUAAUAAAGUAUAAAUCUAUUCUUGGGACCUCACCCAUCAGCUUAAACUUUUGGUUGAGUUUGUCCUUUGACAGAUCUGUACUUUUUGUUUUAAUUUUUUUAUUAAAAAAAACCUCUGUCUCAUAGGAUAAAUUUACACAUUCAACCUUUUCUACUCAAAAUUUAUAUAUUUUGAUGACAUAUUCUAACCAAUAUAAUAUUAUAUGAGAUUUUGUUCUAUGUGUUUAAAUAUUUAUUUUCCAACUAUUUCAUAAUGUCUAUGUGUGUCAUUAGGUAGAAGCUAAAGUAUGUAAAUUAUGCUGAAAAGAGAGUCUUUUUAUUUUGUUCUCACUCAAUUAAAUUAAAGAAGGUGUUUAACUGUUUAUAAUCUUUUUCACAUAGGGUUAUCAGUGACCUACAUAUAUUUAGAUGUAUUUUUCCAUCUUUUGAAUUAUUUUUGUUUGAGUUACCUAGCUCCUUUUUUGCCCUUUUUAUGGAAGUUCAGCUAUAAAGCAUUUACUUGGCUAGCUUUUGGUUUGGAAGCAUAGCCUGCUAAAGGCCAAAGGAAGAUUCCUGGUUUUAUUCUCUUUCUCCAAAACAACCAAUUAUGAGUACCUAGAUUUCAAUCAGUUUUUAGCCAACAAUAAAAAGUUUUUUGGAGGUUAUAGUUUUUAUGAGGUUACUUAAUUUUUGUAACAAACCCACUUACAUAAAGAAAAAGGUAUAUGAGAACGAACACAAGUAUUAUCACUGUAGCAGUAGUACUACUAGUCCAUAUUGAACUAGUAUUUAUAUCUUUGCUAAUUACCAAAAUCUAGUUAACAUUUGUGGUAAUUUUGAUUGUUACACGAGAAACCAUUUUUGAACUAGAAGGUAUAUUUCGUAAUUCAUUUUGUAAUAAUUAGUACAUGAUUAUGGAUAAUUGGAUAAUUUGAGUAUUUUUGGCUAAUCUAAAAGUGGUUCCCUUGAAGCUAUAAUAAUGACGGUUGAACUAUUUAACUUGCUUCCUUCUUCAAAGAUCAUUAUCCAUCGAUACUACUUUUUAAAGAAUUAUCCUGAGUGGAGUUGACGAGAAUAAGAGUGAUAAGAUCAUCUAUAAUUUAUAAUUGAUAAUAAAGUAAAGUGAUAUAUACCUAUAUAAGAGACGAGAUAAAAAUAGGACACUCUAUUAAAAACAGAAAUUUUUUAAGUUUUACACUUUUCAUUUUAUUAAAUUAAAGUCCCAAUUAUCACAAGAAAAUACACAUAAAGUUGUACUUGUAACACUUCAAAAUAAAUUUAAAAAAAAUGACAGCUUUUGUUUGGCCUUCCUAUAUAGAGGGUGUGAGAACUCUCUAUUCCCGUUAAACUUACUUUCUGUAGCUUCUUUUUCAGUUUUGCUUCACACCCAUUUCACCAUUUGAGUUCCUUCCUUUAAUUUAUGUCUUUAUAUUUACAGAUUUAAAUCCCAAAAAAAAAUACAGAGUUAUCAAUGGCAGGAAGAUAUGGUAGAAAAUAUCUAAAAGAUGAAGACUUUGAGGAAGGUGAAGUGUGGAAUGUUAUGGAGGAGAGAGAAAAUUCAAGUCCAAAACUCAAAAAACCAUUCAAGAAUUCAUCUUUUCUCUCUUCUUCUGCAACAAAACAUUUUACUACUAUGGCUAGUGCUGCUCCAAGAAUGAUACCCAGAUCAUCAUCAUCAUCAUCAUCAUCUGUAGUAGCAUCAUCAUCAUCAUCUGAGAAGCAGUCAUCAGCUCCAGUGGAAAUUCCUGAUUGGUCAAAAAUUUAUGGUAAGACAUCAAAAAAGAAGAAGAAUGGUACUAUAUCUUCAUCAUGGGUUGAUUACAAUGCUGUUAAUCAUGAUGGGUAUUAUGGUAAUGGUGGCAAUGACCAUCAUCAUCAUCAUCUAAAUGGGUAUUAUGAUGUUGGUGAUGGGGAUGAUGAUGGGGAUGAUGAUGAUGAUGACAUGGUUCCACCACAUGAGUACCUUGCUAAGAAGCUAGCAAGAAGUCAGAUCUCUUCUUUCUCUGUUUAUGAAGGGAUUGGAAGGACUCUCAAAGGGAGAGACCUUAGUAAAGUAAGAAAUGCAAUUUUAACUAAGACUGGUUUUUUGGAGUAAAAAUAUAAUGGGUUAUAUUUUGCUAGUUUAUGUGAUGCAUGGCUCAUCAUCAUCUAAUGGCAUCAAGGAAUCAAAAUAUAUCAUCGUCAACAAUAUCAUGAUCAUGGUAAUCAUCAAUUUUGUAUUAUUGGGGGGGAUAAAGAAAUCAUCACCAUCAUGAGCAUGGUCAUCACUCAUCAUCAUGAACAUGGUUGUCGUUUCUUUGUUACAUGAGGUCCCAUGUAUGUCGUUUUCAUCUUACUCUAGCUUAAGGGUGUAUGUAAUGUAGUAAUGUAAUGUAAUGGUUCGGUGGAGAUGGGAAAUUAAAUUAGGAGUUUUUUUUGGGUUUUUAAAAAAGUGGGGUUUUCCCCUAGUUGUUGAGUUAAAUCAGAGAAACUGCCUAGUUUUGUGAAAUUGUUUUGGCAUUCUCUGUAAUUUUGUUAGGAGGGAGUUUAGUGCUUAAUUAAUUACUAAUGAGAGAAUUAAUUUAGCUUCUUGUUA